GGCCCUUCGUGGCAUCCAUUUUGCUCCGAGGAGUCCACGUGCGGUCACCGGGGAAGAAGUCUGAGAAGCCGCGCGGCCGUAGUAACCACCAUGCCGAAGAAUAAAGGCAAAGGAGGUAAAAACCGACGCAGGGGAAAGAAUGAAAAUGAAUCUGAGAAAAGAGAACUGGUGUUCAAAGAAGAUGGGCAAGAAUAUGCUCAGGUAAUGAAGACACUGGGAAACGGACGGUUGGAAGUGAUGUGUUUCGAUGGCGUGAAGCGGUUGUGUCACAUCCGAGGGAAGCUGAGGAAGAAGGUCUGGAUAAACACCUCAGACAUCAUUCUGGUUGGUCUCCGAGACUACCAGGAUAACAAAGCGGAUGUGAUUCUGAAGUACAACGCGGAUGAGGCCAGAAGUCUGAAAGCCUACGGCGAGCUCCCCGAGCACGCGAAGAUCAGCGAAGCGGAUUCCUUCGGGCCCGGAGAUGAUGAUGAAAUUCAGUUCGAUGACGUUGGAGGUGAUGAGGAAGACAUUGACGAGAUCUGAACGGAACGCAGUGUUUGCGAUUCCAGUUUUUCGGAACAUGGUCCUGCAGUGCGGAUGUGGGCGUAACCCUCCAAGAAGUUUUCGUUCAUGUGACUGUAAUUUGUUAAAGCGGUUUGAUGUGGUUCUAAGGUGUUUGUUUCUGUAAAACCUGUUCAUGCCAAUUCUCUCACUUGAAAUGUUAAGCCUGCUUUGUUCUUUUGCUGUGAUGGAGUUUGCGACGGGUGCCGCGAAGGGCCGCGACGGGGGCCGCGAAGGGCCGCGACGGGCGCCGACAAAGGAUCGCGACGGGUGCCGCGCAGGGCCGCGAGGGGGUGUCGCGAAGGGCCCCGACUCCCUGUGUUGCAGACCCUGUGUAUUCCAAAAAAUAAUGCAUUACUUACUGCCUUUUUUGCUGUGACCACUUGCAAUAAGUAAAUGAGUGUUUUGAAUAAACAAA